UGCCUGGCAGUGAGAGGGGAGGGAGCAGAGAGGACCAGGUUUCGGCUUACAGCGCAUACCACACGAACAACACCAAAAUACGCUAAAAUACAGGCAAAGCAACAGGAGACUACACCUUCACCCGAUCACGACUUGGGGUUUCAGUCGGAGGACACCAAGGACCGCGGACUGUGGGUUGCAAAGAAAGGAGUUUCUUUUUGUAAUGUGGGAAAUGCUUUCUCCUCUUUUCCGUGGUAUGUGGAUCUGGGAGCGACCAUGUUAUUAGGCAGGUGAUAAAAGGAGGAGCCGGCUGUUCUAUCCCAGCUUAGAGAAGACCCAGGAUAGAAACUGGGAGAGAUACAUAGAGUUGGAGGGGGAUUCACCACUACCAAGGGAAAUCAGGAUGAAUGUGUCUCUGUACCAUUGACAAGCUGAACUGGAAUGAUAUCUUGACCUUUUUUCCUGGAAGUGACCAAGUUAGCGAUGAGCGGGGGGAUAUAAUGGCCAAGAACAAGGAUGCGCGCCCCCCGACAUUCGCCGUCAGCGUGGUUGGCCUCUCGGGGACGGAGAAGGAGAAGGGAAAUUGUGGUGUGGGCAAGUCCUGCCUAUGCAACCGGUAUGUGCAUCCUGAUGCGGACAGUUACUACUCAGAGCACACCUCAGUGCUGAGCACAAUAGACUUUGGGGGGCGUGUGGUUAACAAUGACCACUUCCUGUACUGGGGGGAGGUGUCCCAUCGAGGGGAUGAUGGGUUGGACUGCAAAAUCCAAGUCAUCGAGCAAACAGAGUUCAUUGAUGACCAGACGUUUCUUCCGCAUCGGAGUACAAACCUGCAGCCGUACACCAAACGCGCAGCACAAACCAAGCUCCAGUCGGCGGAGAAGCUUAUGUACAUCUGCACGGACCAGCUGGGCUUAGAGCAGGACUUUGACCAGAAGCAGAUGCCUGAUGGGAAGCUGAACAUCGAUGGCUUUGUGCUCUGCAUCGAUGUUAGCAAGGGUUGCAAUAGGAGGUUCGAUGACCAAAUGAAGUUUGUCAACAGCCUCUACGCCCAGAUUGUCAAGUCAAAGAAGCCUAUUGUCGUCGCUGCCACAAAAUGUGAUGAGUGUGUGGACCAGCACCUGAGGGACCUGCAGGCUUUUGUUGCCAACAAGAAGAACCUGCUGCUAAUUGAGACGUCAGGACGCUGUAACGUCAAUAUAGAGCUCUGCUUCAACGCCCUCAUCCAGCAGCUGGAUAAAACAAGGGGAAAGCCAAAAACUGUGCCAUACCUGGAGGCCUAUAAAGUCCAACGGCAGCUUGUUGCCUCAGUGACAGAUAGAUAUGAGAAACUGAUGGUGCACACGGUGAGAGAUUAUCACACCACAUGGAAAACAGUGGUUAAUAAUCUCAAGGGCCAACAUGACUAUGACGAGUUCAUCACCUUGGAGGGCACCAAGAAAGCACGCAACAUGUUCACAAAGCACAUUGCACAACUGAAGCACGAGCACAUCAAGAGGAGGAGGGAAGAGUACCUGACAACACUACCGAAAACCCUUAACAACCUCCUCAAUAACCUGGAGGAGGUGGAACACCUCCCAUGGCCUGAGGCGCAGAGUGUGAUCCGGAACCGACCUGAUUUCCAGUACUGGUUUGUGGUUCUGGAACAUACGCCAUGGGAUGAGACGGAUCACAUUGACGUGAGUGACCGCAGGAUACCCUUUGACCUCCUCAAUACUCCCGAUGGUGAGAGAAUUUACCAUAACCACGUCCAGCACCUGAUGUCUGAGAAGAGAAGGGUGGAGAUGAAAGAUAGGUUCAAGAAGACACUGGAGAGGGUUCAUUUUAUCAGCGCAGGGCAGCCUUGGGAGGAGGUCAUGUGCUUUGUCAUGGAGGACGAGGCCUACAAGUACAUCACAGAAUCAGAUAGGAGGGAUGUUUACUGUAGACACCAGCAGGAAAUAGUUGAAAGGGCCAAAGAGGAUUUUCAGGAAAUGCUUUUUGAGCAUGCUGAGCUAUUCUAUGACUUAGAUCUGAAUGCCACCCCCAGCUGCGACAAGAUGAGCGAAAUUCACAGUGUGCUAAAUGAGGAGCCCAGAUACAGAGCGCUGCAGAAACUUGCCCCAGAUAGAGAGUCACUCCUCCUCAAACACAUUGGGUUUGUUUACCAUCCCACUAAGGAGACAUGCCUGAGCGGGCAGAACUGUGUGGAUCUGAAAGUGGAGCAGGUUUUAGCGAACAGGCUUGUGCAGCUCGACCACGGACCCUCUAAUCUCUACUAUAACAGUGCCAACAUCGAUAAGAUCAACCUCUGCCUCCUAGGAAGGGAGGGUCUCUCACAGGAACUAGCCAAUGAGAUCCGAGCUCAGUCCACAGAUGAUGAGUACACCCUUGACGGUAAAAUUUAUGAACUGGAGCUCCUUGCUGUUGAUGUCAACUCCACACUGCUCUUCAGCCAUGCGUGGGUUAACACAUUCAAGCCACAUGGCUGCUUUUGUGUGUUCAACUCCAUAGAGUCCCUCAACUGUAUUGGAGAUUGCAUAGGCAGGAUCAGAGCGGAGAUAGCACAGAGUAGGAGAGAUAGGUUUGCUAAGCCACUACCAUUUAUUCUCAUCCUGGCAAAUCAGAGGGAUAGUGUUUGCAAAAACAUACCUAUCCUGAGGCACCAGGGCCAACAACUGGCAAACAAAUUGCAGUGCACCUUUGUUGACAUCCCUUCUGGGGCCUUUCCACGUAAAUUCACCGAGUUCCAAAUUAAGCAGGGUCUCCGAGCGGUGCUUGAUGGCCUGAAGCAUAACUUUGAUGUCUUGGCCCCGCUGCCCUCCAUCAAAGACAUGUCAGAGACGGACCUUAGGAUAGUCAUGUGCGCCAUGUGCUGGGAUCCUUUCAGCGUUGACCUCAUCCUCUCGCCUUUCUUAGACUCACAUUGCUGUAGCGCGGGGCAGCCAGGCCAGAGCAACACACUGAUACUGAACAAGAUCAUCGGGGACAGCAGGAGGAGGAUCCAGGUCACUGUUCUCUCCUAUCACACUGCUAUCGGUGUCCGCAAAGAUGAACUGGUGCACGGCUACAUAUUGGUCUACUCUGCCAAACGGAAGGCUUCCAUGGCGACCCUGCGGGCGUUCUUGGCCGAAGUCCAGGACGUGAUCCCCGUCCAGAUGGUGGCGAUCACAGACAGCCAGGCAGACUUCUUUGAGAAUGAUGCCAUUAAGGAGUUGAUGACGGAGGGGGAGCACAUUGCCACAGAGAUAGCUGCCAAGUUUACAGCACUUUACUCACUGUCACAGUAUCACCGGCAGACAGAGGUUUUUACACCCUUCUUCAAUGAAGUGUUGGAGAAAAAGCUGAGCAUCGAGAGCUCCUUCCUGUUUGACUCCUCAUCACGAGAGUGCACCACUGGUGCUAGCGAAGACGUCUUCCCCACCUCGCCCCAUAGCCAUUCCCCGGCCUACAACACCUAUUACCCAGAAUCUGAUGAUGAUAAUGAGGCCCCCCCACCUUAUAGUCCAAUAGGUGAUGACGUUCAGCUUCUCCCCACACCGAGUGAGCGGGCCAAGUACCGGAUUGACCUAGAAGGCAAUGAGUACCCAGUCCACAGCACUCCUGUUGGAGAACAUGAACGCAACCACAAAGUGCCACCACCUGUCCGGCCCAAACCAGUGCUGCCCAAACCUAAUGUCAAAAAGCUGGACCCCAACCUGCUCAAAACCAUAGAGGCUGGCAUGCGGAGCAACCGUAGGAUGCCACGUGGCCCAAUGGUACACACCGAUGAUCUGGAGGCGUCAGACAACUAUGCAGACCCCGUGGACACCUUGCAAAGGUCCAGGGGCUUUCACAACGACGACAUAUAUGCUGUGCCUGAUGACACACACAGCCGCCUGGUCAAAAUAAGAAACUCCUUUGGUGUGUUACAUGGCCUUCAAGUAGGAGAGGAAGAGAAUGGAUUUGACAGGAAGUGUCAGGCUGGACGGCGGCCGUCAAAAUACAAACAUCGUUCUAAAAUCUUGUUCAGCAAGACAAAGGCCUACCAAAGACGAUUCCACUCUGACAGCGACGGGGAGGAGUCUGGCCCUGCCACUCAGAAAAAGAAAAAGGGAAGAGCCCACCGGGGCAGCGAGGAGGACCCACUGCUGUCCCCUGCCGACCCCUGGAAGGGUGGGAUAGACAACCCCGCCAUCACCUCUGACCCUGAGCAGGAGGACAAGAAGAUGAAGAAGAAGAAGACGCCCAAGACUCCAAAGGAAUCAAAAAAGCAAAAAUCUUCCAAGCCCCCGAAGCCUCUGUACCCACCUACCCGAAGAACCUGGGAGAGCAACUACUUUGGCGUUCCCCUGCAGAACCUGGUGACCCUGGAUCGACCCAUCCCGCUCUUCAUUGAGAAAUGCGUCGACUACAUCGAGCACACAGGUCUGACGACAGAAGGCCUGUAUCGCGUCAGCGGGAACAAGACGGACCAGGACAACAUCCAGAAACUGUUUGAUCAAGAUCACAACAUCGACUUUGUGGCGAUGGACGUGGCUGUGAACGCUGCUGCCGGGGCGCUGAAGGCUUUCUUUGCCGACCUGCCCGACCCGCUGAUCCCCUACAGCCUGCACCCGGAGCUGGUGGAGGCCGCAAAAAUCGUGGACUACAUCGAGCGUCUGCAGGUCUUGCGGGAGAUCGUGAAGAAGUUUCCCUCUGUCAACUACCAGGUCUUCAAAUACAUCAUCACACACCUCAACAGGGUGAGCCAGCACAGCAAGACCACCCUGAUGACGGCCGACAACCUGUCCAUCUGCUUCUGGCCCACGCUGAUGCGGCCCGACUUCGAGAACAAGGAGACGCUGUCCACCACCAAGCUGAACCAGGCCGUCAUCGAGUCCUUCAUCGUCCAGAGCGACUACUUCUUCCACGGCGGCGAGGUGGCCGAGAGCUCCAGCAGCGAGGGCACGCCGCCGCCGCACUGCCACAACAUGGUGGAGGCCCUGCUCCCGCUGCAGCUGCCGCCGCCCCUGCAGCCGCAGCAGAUCCAGCACACCCUGCACCCCGACCCGCUGAUCUGAGAGCCAGAGGAGCAUGCUGGGAAAUGAAGUCCGGGGCUGUCUGUGUGCGCCGCCAGGCAGCUUCUGGCCAACAAUUGCCGGGAGGUCAAACAAAACGCCGGUCGGCUGUUGAAAUAAAACAUAAAAAGACCUGGUUGGUGAAUUUUUGGGUUAUUCAGCAGCUGCUGUUUGUCAUCGACUUUGAGGUGAACGAGCUUCGGGGGUUUAGAGACACAUCAACCGUUUGUUGGAUUAAACCUAAUCUGUGAGAUCGGCUCAUCCCGCGAGGUAAAUCCCGGAUUAGAGAAUUACAAUCGGACGUCACCUUUUGGAACUAAUUUGUGGAUCUGACUGCCCCUUUUAGGAUACGAAGACUGAAAAUAGCUGAUGUGUGGACUGAUUUGAUUCGGCACAUAGUGACAACACUAACCGUUUAGCAGGGUCUGACUUGGACUCGUUAUAGAUUACCUUCCUCCUACCUUACCCUGACGGAAUAGCACACUGGGGUCCGUACCAAACCCCCCCUUAAACCCCGCCCCCCUUUUCCCUGCUCCCAGACAAAGAAAAGGGAAGUUAAAACUCAAAGAGUCCCCACGACUGCAAAUAUAAAACACCUGAUACCGACUGAGUCAUUAGAUAUUUGACGGACUGUUUGCACGCUGAGAUCUUCAGCACAGGAAAACAUUUCUUCUUCUUCUUCUUCUUCUUCUUCUUCUUCUUCUUUGUCUUUUGUUGUUGCCCCUUUCACCCCAGAAACCGGUCAGUAAGUAAGAGGAACGUUUCAUUUCUGCACCAGGCGUCCAACAGCCUCACACACACAGAUUUAUGAACCUCGUGGAAAUAUGAGAAAGCGUGGAUUAUCUUAAGCCUCUGUUUUUAAAUACUAGGAGAGAAAAUGAAAUGACCCUCCUACCCACCACAUGAACUUUGACCCCUUAAAGGACAGCACAUGCACGAUCCGUGUCAAAAGUCCCAAAUGCCAAUUUCACGUUUGUUUGUGUAGUUUACAUUUUUAUCAUCUUUAUUUCUCUUGUUUUUAUUUUUAUAUAAUUUUUUUUGGUAACGUCUUAAUUUCAACCCUGUGUGUGUGCGUGAUGACGAUGGUGUGUGUGUGUGUGUGUGUGUGUGUGUGUGUAUCUGUGUCACAGCCAGUUAGAAACCUUCUCUGCUGAGGGAAGGGGGGGGGGGAUCCAGGAAGGGAAAACAAAUUCAAAAUCCUUCCGGACUGACGGACUCGUGUAGCUCCGUACGUGAGAUCCAGACUUUACUACGAACCUUCAGCCUGUCUCGUCUCUUCUCUAACUCUUAACGCAACGACUGACGUCUCUCGUUCUGAAGGAGACGACCCCGACCCCUCGAUGAUGGCACAUGAGCGAGGAAACCACUACGUCGGGAUGCAUUCUGGAUUGGAUUUCAAGGAGGACGCCUCCCACUUUUUUGUCAUUUCAAUUUUAUUUUAUUUUUUUCUUCUGUUGGUUUGUUGGAAAAUUAAAAAAUUUGCAUGUCUCUGUUUUGCCACUUAGUGAAAAAAAGAAGAACUUUAAAGUAAAAAAAAAAAGAAAAAAAAAAAAGAAAUGAAACUCAUUGAAACUCCGAAUGGAGCGUUUGAUCAGAUCGUUUUAUCUGAAUCUUUCUGGUUUGAGGGGAACAUUUCCACAGAGGGGGUUUCAUUUUCUUUUUGCAUUUGUUUCUUUUCUGUCAAGCAAGAAAUCAACUCUUAAUAUCAUAUUUUUGGUUAUAUGUCGAAUAGUUUUCCCUAAAUAGAGGAAAGAAGUAUAUAUAAGUAUAUAUAUAUAUAUAAAUAUAUAUAUAAAUUUAUCAGCAGCAGAGGUUCCGAUUUAGUGAAAUACCACGGGGUACUGGACUGUAUAAUCUGUCACAAGCUAUAAUCAUAUUUCUUUGUGGUUCUGAUGGCGUGACUGAAACCCAUCUUUAUUUUUCUGAUGGUGUGUAUGUGUGUGUGUAUAGAGGGGAGGGGGUUUGAUAACAGAUGGUUGAGUUUUAACUCCUCUUCGUCCCUCAUCGCUUAAACCUUGGCUCACCUUUGCCCCGGUUUGUCUCUUUCGUGUAUUUGUACACGUGCCGAGCGCCGUUUUCCCUGAAAGACAAAUCCCCCUCCCCCCGUGACGAUGUUCUGCAGGAGUCUUCACAAACACUCUUCUGUCCAUCUGGAUAAAAAUGAAAAAAAAUUCCAUCUGCUUUAUGAUAACAAAGAUUUUUAACCUGUUUUCCACGUUGGAACAAGGAUGAUAGUCGGAAAUGAUAACGCUUUAUUUUGCAGGUCUGAAUAAUUUCCGUAAAGUUUCCUGGAAAGAAUAUUUACUCAAGUGCUGUGCUUACAGCUUUGAGGUACUAUACUUGAGUAUUUCAUUUUAUACUUCUACUCCACUACAUGUCCGAGGGAAAUAUUGUAAUUUUAAGUAUAUUUAACUACUUUUAACAGCUGUACUUCUUUAAAAAAUCUUCCAGAUCUUUAUUGCUAAUAGAGGAUGUUUUUGGGUACGUAGUGGUAUUGCUACUGUUACCUGACUAAAAAAUCUAAAUACUUCCACCUCUGGUAAUUUGGUACUAAUUAUAGGAAUAAUACACUCUGUUCAAUUAGCACACUUCUAAUCAAUUAAUUUCAGUUAAUUGCUUUCGUCACCCAGAGAACCUUUAAUCAGGACACAGCAGCUCAACAUGUGUCUACAGGCAAACAGUUCAACAUAUACAGAUGGUGAAGUGUUUAUUUGAGUUUUUAUUUUAAAUAAAUUUAGUUUCUCAUUUAAUAGUAUCACAUGACGCAGUUCUUUCCAGACAAUGUCCUAAGAAAAGUAUUUUGAAAGCGUUAUCGACUUAUUUUACUGCACUGUAUGACGUGAACCAAAAUUAAAAACUUAUAAUAGCAGCUGUAGAGUUUAUAUUACUGUGAUCUUUAUUAACUUGUAUAUUUAUACUCAAUAAUGUGUUUUAUUAUAAAGGGAGGUACUGUAUGUCACUCCAGGCAGCAGUUUUUGUUUCGAUGUCAGGCUAAAUGUCUCUUGAUUUUUAUUUUAAAUCAUCUGACGGGAGUAUUAUUCAAUCCAGAUGUACAGAAGAGAUUCUUUUAGUCUGAAAACAACUUCACACAACAACUGUGUAUUUCAUAAAAAACUGAUACUGGGCUCUGACCCGAGAGACACAAAGUGAAAAUACACACAUUUACUUUGUGGAGGUACUGAAUUAAAUAUUUAAAUAACUUGAAAGGGUCAGAUGGAGUCCUGAUUUCCACUGUGGAAACUUCAAAAGUCUUUUUUUUUGGUCAACUGUUAUUCUGAACUUCAGUACUUUUUAAUUUAAAGACUUUUCUGGUGCAAAUUUCACACAAAAAACAAGAUAAGAGUCUUUAGAAAAUACAGCAGUAAGAAAACACGCACUCUUUCAUGACCUUCCCCUCUGUCCUGACAAGUUCAUUACCCCUUAAACUUAACUUUAAACGUCUUAUCAGCUGUCCAUCACACCCAGAAUGCAUUGCUCUUGCCAGCGGCUGUUUUGCGUUUAUGUUUGGUGCUACUAAGUAGAAAAUAUUGGGAGUGAAAGUGAAAUUGAGAGCAGCUGUUGUCACUUUAAAAAUGGUGUCAGCAGCCGCUAAGUUUCUUUUCCUUAACGUUCCCCCGACUGAACCAGAUAACUCCGAUUUAACUUUGGGAUUUUUCAGUUUUCACCCAGAUUGUUUCCAGCUUUCUCUAAGUGUUUCGUUGAGCGAUGGGGGAUGAAUCCAAUUAUACAAGAAUGUCGAACGGGGGGGGGUCCCAUUUCAGACGUGCGUCUCAUGUGUCCUCGCCGGAUGGUCAACUGUUUCCUACACGGCGUCACAAGACAUUUCUUGGUUGAGAUUGGAGCUUCUCUCUCUCUUUUUUUUAAUUUAUAUUUUGAUCGUUUUAAGUAAGUGAUUACGCGAAAAUACCAGAAAUUUGCUGCUUUUCAAUGCAAUAUUUGAGGGUUUUAGAUUGUUCGUCGGACAAAACAAGGUACUCCUACCGGAUAUUUUAGAAUGAAAACAAAACGUGAGCGGAUACAAACUUUUAAAAGGGUAGGAAAGGAACGAAGCCAACAGCUCAGCAUAGAUUUUAAUUUGAGGGAAAAGGUCGUCCUGAAGGGAAAGAAAUGGAGCCAAAAGCCUGUCCUGAAUCUGAUUUAGCUGACUUUAAAGGGCACUUUGAAGGGGACACGUGUCUGGAAUGGAGACCUGCUGCAGACAAACGUCAUAAAUAAAUAUUCAGAGUGGAAGUAGCCAAAAGCUCAUUUGAAGGUUUUAUGAUGUUGGACUGAAGAGGACAUUGAAGGGCACAUUGAAGGGAGCGAAUGGCGAGAGUGGAACAGAACCGGGGGGGGGGUUUCAACAGCUGCUAGAUACUAAAAGAUUAAAAGCUGUUCGUCUGUAGUUUUUCAUCAAUCAAUCAACUUUUUACUUUUAAGAUCUGUUCUCAUCCAGUCACACCGGUGUACAAACCAACUGACUUUUAACACCAUCCGCUGUGUAUCAUAGUAAAUAAAAAUGAUUUUCAGAAAUGAAAAAGCUCUAAAACAAGUUGUUUUUUUUCUGUUUUCUCUCCAUAAUGUUUCCAAAUAAAAGUUUCUUUUUUUU